UUGAGGCAACUUUCUCAAGGUAAGCUCAUGGCAGAGUUUCUUAGGAAACACCUCUUAAAAUUUAAAAUCCAAAAGCUGUGUAUUAUUUUAUACACUGCACCAACUCGUUUAGAKCUCUAACUUUGUGCAUGUCUAUAACCAGAGAUUGAAAAGGUAUUUAUUUUGGCGUAUGUCUGCUUUUCUUUUACAAAAACAAUAGUUUUUAGGAUGCCAGAAAUGUAAUGGCUCGAUUACAUAAGAUUACAAUAGAAAUGUGUGAUUAAAGCCAAAAAUAUGAUUUGUCACUGGGUGGGGCGAUAGCUUAAAGGUAUCAUAAGGUUCUUAGUCAGAAGUCAUGUUUUUAAUCCCACGUAUUUAWUAUAAUAUUAGCAUGAGUAUUCCCAGUUCGGUGUGUUUCUGCUGCCAUCUAGCGUUCACCUUGAUGAAGUGUAGUCAAGGUAAAGGUAAUCGACUGAUCAAGCCUGGCUCUACAGCUUCGGAGUAGCUACAGGACCGUACCUGCUGGGAAGUAACACAAGUCGUUUCUUGUUAAGUCUCUGGAGUUUGGUUUCACCUUUAACCUCAGUUUUGGCCACAGUCGAGGAGUUGAAGUCCGUUAUAGGAAACAGAGACACAAAAUGGAGUUUAAUGAGUGAAAUCGGACGUUUCCAUUUUCGCCUUUAUCAGCGUCACGAACGACAGCUCGGGACACCUGCCGCUCCCUCCGAUAACUUUCAUUUUGUUGUUGCUGAACUCUGGACGUUAAUAUGUUCUGCGUUUUGGGGUUUUUUUGUUUUUUUACUUUAGAAUGAACGACAUUGAUUGUGACUAUUGUUUUUCGCUGUGAAGGCUUUGGAGGAGUGUUUGUGGUUUGAAAGGACAGACAGUUUACGGACAGUUCGUACGUGGAUACAUCAUGUUAUUCAGUCUGUUUGUACUCCUUCAGCUGUUGAGCGCUGGAAACCCGGCCUCUGCGAGGAAGCUAAUGUCCCAAAACGAAGUGCCAGAAGAUCAAGUGUUUGCAGGUGAGUCAGACGCGAAGUUGUUCCUGGGUCGCCAUCUGCUGGCCAAUCGCUUUGACUUUGAAAUGUUUGUUCCUGGCAACCUGGAGAGGGAGUGUAGGGAAGAAACCUGCAAUUACGAGGAAGCAAGGGAAGUCUUUGAAAACAUACCACAAACAGAUGCCUUUUGGAAAGAAUACACAAAAGAGAAGAAUCCCUCAAGGGUGGAUGUAAUUGGACUUCUGGUGGGACUCAUCUGUGCUGGAGUGGUGGUUCUUAUUCUUGGUGUCUUGAUCUGGUAUUUGUGUCGAUCCACUUUUAAGAGUGGCAUCAGCCGUCGUCCAAGCUCUGCGCGAGGACGUCCCAGGAGGAGCAAUGCCUCCCUAAUAAUGCGAAGAUUGGACGAUGCCUCCAGACAGCCUGAGCUCUCUCCUACAUCCGGGCCAACUUUGGAUGUAGAAGACCCUCCUGGCCUGCCCUCAUACGAGCAGGCGAUCUCAGCAAGAGGACAGCACGAUGCGCCACCUCCUCCGUAUCCUGGCUCAAGACCUGGCAGUGUUCGACAAUAAUCUUUUCACCAAAAAAAGAAAGAAACAAUGCAAGAUAAUGACUGUGAAAUUAAAAUGUAAUUUAUAAGUAGCAUCUACAUCAUAAUACUGUAUCUAUUUUUACAUCAUAAGAUUUCUAAUGGUGGUUUUGUACCUCUCGCACCUUUAUUAAGCUGUUUUUCCCUACAUAGACAGAAUGAAAGUUCAAAAGUGUGCUGAAGUAUGAAUUUAAUUUUGGGUUUUCCUGUUAUAAAGAAUGUAGAAGUAAGAAUUUUUUUUUAUUUCUUGAAAAGUCCAUUUUUUUGGACUUACCUCGUCCGACAUGGAUGUUUUCUGCAAUUAUCCUUUUCUUUUUGAGGUUGGUGGGUUUGCUGAGCCUCAUGUUCAGUGUCCUCCACAAAUCUUCGGUGGGAUUUAAAACCUGACAGAGAUGUGGCAAAUAAGUUUUUAAACUUUAAGACUUUGAGAGAGUUUCCAAAGAAAUAGUGUACAGUAAGAAGAAAAUUGGACAUUUUUCCAUAUGAAAUUGCUGAAAAUUAAAACAUUGUUUAAUUACUUGAAACUUUCUGUUUCAAGUAAGAAAAAAACUUCUAACUGUUAAAACGUGUCAGUAUGGACCAAAACGCAUUUUUGGGGUGAGCAGGGGUUUGUUUAUUUGUUUUCGAUAAUCUAUUAAAGUAAGUUUUACUCCAGCUGUAAAACCUUACUUUUUGGUUCCCUUCUUAAUGUGCAUUGAUACCUACCCCUCUAUGUGGAUGAGCUUUAUAAUGCAGUUGCUGCUUUUUAUCUGAAUGAUGAGUGUUUGCUUUAAGUUAAUGAAAAUCUAAUUGCUCCUUGAAGGAGCAGAGACAGUAUCUAGCAGUGCGUGGAAUUUCUAUAGAUCCCGUGCCAAGGAACACGGCAUAUUAAUCUCUGUGACGGGACAGACAUGACUCGGCUUGUACGAGUUCUUCAAAGUAAAAGUCAGUCAUUGCUUUAAUUUCCUUGAUGGUAAAAACUGAACUUCCAGCUUGCUACCUGGUGAUUCACUGUUAAUUUAAAUUUUUUUGUGUGUGCUUUUUAUAAACUGUGAUAUUUUUUUUUCUUACAAUUUGAAGAAUGUACACAGUACCAAUUAUAUAUUAAUUUCCUAUUUUCCUGUCGUAGUCUAUGCUGAGAUAAAUUAUCACAUUUAUGCCUAAUUUAUUUAAUUACAACAAAUUAUGUACAUGGAUGCUUCAGGGAUUUUGACUGACGCUCUUUCUUUUAAAAUGAUUGCAAACAAUUUUGCUUUUGGUUGAACUUUUGGUUGAAAAGUACAACUAAAACGCAAUGGUAGUGGAUUGUUAAAAAUAAAUGCAACAAUUUGCUUCAUCAGAACCACAGGUUGUAGUUUGAGAAACUAGUUGUUUUAAAAGUGCAGAUGCAAAUAAGUUAUGUACUUGUAAAUACUUACUGUACUCUUAUUUUCAAGACAGAUUUAUUUUUUUUCAAAAUGUGAGAAUUUGCACUUCAUUAAGCAUCUGUGUUUUUCAGGGUUAUGUCAAGCACAGCUGUAAUUUGAAUUAUAAUCUUUUCUGUAUUUUUAAAUAAAAUUCUAUUUUAAUUAUG